AUGGAGGCUAUCGCUCAACAGUUCACCGACUUUUACUAUGCGACAUUCGACAGAAAUCGUGCAGAGUUGCAUGGCUUGUAUCGCCCUCAAUCAAUGUUAACAUUUGAAGGUGAACAAUUACAAGGGGCAGAUGCAAUUACUGAGAAAUUAAAGAAUCUCGCAUUUCAAAAAGUGCAACACAAAGUAGAAACACGUGAUGCUCAACCAACAGGAGAUGGUAACAGCUUGACAGUUAUGGUCACUGGAGCUUUAAUGGUGGACGACUCCCCUUCACCGAUGCGCUUCAGUCAAACAUUCACACUUAUACCUGAUGCAGGAUCCUACUUUGUGUUCAACGACAUCUUCCGUUUGAACUACGGUUAA